AUGUAUGACCGAGCCCCCCGGGAGAUAACGCUGGCCAACGCCGCCAGCACCGACGUUCACGUGGGGCCCGGCUCCUACCAGGUGCCCCUGCGGAAGAACGAGGCGUCAGAUGGCUACGCUCCAUUUCUUUCUUUGGCAGCCCGAGAAAGCACUCUUGUUACCACUAUCACUGAGGAUGAUGCCCCAGGCCCAGCCCACUACAACAUUAGAAAGAUAAAGUACAAUAUAAAGGGAGGUCUGAGUCUGAAAAACAGAGAAGCACGUUUUAAGAAGCUUGUUUCAGAAAAUCCAGGACCUGGAACCUAUAAUCAGGCUUGUUCUGGAGCCCUGGGGAUAAUAAAUUGGAAGCUGAGGGAUGCUAAACAACAUUGUUAUUUGAAAACUCCAAAAAGAUUUGAAGUCUUCAGAAAUGUGGAUGCACCUUCCAUUCCUUCCCCUGGACAGUCACAUGGUUAUUAUAUAAAAAAUGAUGGCUCUGUAUUGAAACAAAGUCCACCUGUUGUUGACAAAACACUGGGUCCAGCAUUCUAUAAACCAUUGUUUGAUGCUUCUGAUUCAACUUUGAAAUACAAAGGAGUACAUUUUGGCAACCAGUCAGGAAGACAAGAUUUACCAGUACUAGAAGGGCCUGGGCCUGGGGACUAUGAUAUACUUCAGGAAAGUACACUGCAUUAUGAGAAUGUUAAUAUCAAGAAAGAAGAUAAACUAAAGAGUUGUCCUUUUCUCCCACGUUAUCAUGAGGUAAUAGUACUGCAGGAAGAAAAAAAGGGAGUACCAGGGCCUGGGAGUUAUGACAUUAAAAGUCAGUUUGGAAAGGUAGAAGGUGAGAUCUCAAGUUUAAAUGAAGCACACCCUGCUUUUCUUUCGCAAUGCCAGAGAUUUGUACCUGUGAAAUCAAUAACUCCAGCUCCUGGCACAUAUAACGACCAUCGAACAGCUCUUGAGACCUUGAAAAAAUUACCAGGACCAAAAAACAUCCCUUUUGGUCUAACUACUGUUCGCUUCACACAUGACUGCAGUCUAGAGGACACUCCAGCCCUCCUGGAGAGGAGUUGUCCAGUGACCACUGGGUACUGUGCUGGCAGUAAUGUGAGGGCCAGUCCUGGGUGUUAUGAUAUUUUUAAGAAGAGUACUUCAUUUGACUAUUUAAAAGAUCAUUAUAUGCAGAGAACAACGAAAAGUGCAUUUGGAUCUUCUGUUCCUCGAACAUUCCAUUCUGUUAAAGAAGACAACUAUGCAAUUCCUGGGCCAGCUGAUUAUCAGAUUAGAGAAAGGCCUCAAGAUUCAUGGAAGAUGAAUAAGGAAUCAGCUUCUUUCCUGUCAAAAGUAGAAAGAAGAAGUAAAUUAUUAGUUACGGAUGCUCCACCACCAGGCCACUAUGAUGUUCAAAAAUCAUUUGAGAAAUCAUAUGGCAAACCUAAAUACAUGCCACCUCGCACUUGUAUGGCCAGAAAAAAGCAUAACUCUUUCCUCAGUUCAACUCCUAGGAGUUUAGAGAUAAAGAAAGAAGGGCCAGGACCCAGGGCCUUGCAGGCUUGCACUGGAAGGGGCCCACCCUGCUGCCUUUAUUGGGGUCAAGGCCCCCUUGUUGGUCUUCCCUGGGUGUGGGAUUUUGCUUCUGGCCUGCCCAGGAAUGGGGCCUUGCUGCUGGCUUACUACGGAGGGCCUCUUUGUUGGCCAAGCCUGGGGGCAGGGUCUGAUCAACAGUUGGAGUAG